AUGGAGGAGGACCGGGGGUCGGCGCUGGCGGCCGAGUCGGCGCUGGAGAAGAACGUGGCGGAGCUGACCGUCAUGGACGUGUACGACAUCGCGUCGCUCGUGGGCCACGAGUUCGAGCGGGUCAUCGACCAGCACGGCUGCGAGGCCAUCGCGCGCCUCAUGCCCAAGGUCGUGCGUGUCCUGGAGAUCCUGGAGGUGCUCGUCAGCCGCCACCACGUUGCUCCUGAACUGGACGAGCUGCGCCUCGAGCUGGACCGACUGCGACUGGAAAGGAUGGACCGCAUCGAGAAGGAGCGCAAGCACCAGAAGGAGCUGGAGCUGGUGGAGGACGUGUGGCGAGGGGAAGCACAAGACCUCCUUUCUCAGAUCGCUCAGCUGCAAGAGGAGAACAAGCAGCUCAUGACCAACCUCUCCCACAAGGAUGUCAGCUUCUCCGAGGAGGAGUUCCAGAAACAUGAAGGCAUGUCAGAGCGGGAGCGGCAGGUGAUGAAGAAGCUGAAGGAGGUGGUGGACAAACAGCGAGAUGAGAUCCGUGCCAAGGAUCGGGAGCUGGGGCUGAAGAAUGAGGAUGUUGAGGCGCUGCAGCAGCAGCAGACUCGGCUGAUGAAGAUCAACCAUGACCUCCGGCAUCGUGUCACAGUGGUAGAGGCCCAAGGGAAGGCCCUGAUUGAACAGAAGGUAGAACUGGAGGCAGAUCUGCAAACCAAGGAGCAGGAGAUGGGCAGCCUGCGGGCAGAACUUGGGAAGCUGCGAGAGAGGCUGCAAGGCGGACUCAACCAAAAUGGAGAGGAGGAGCCUGUGGCGGAGCUGGGCGGAGAAGAGUGUGUCUCCGAGGCGGAGAAGGUGGCCAUGGAUCUCAAGGACCCUAACCGCCCCCGGUUCACACUGCAGGAGCUGCGGGACGUGCUACAUGAAAGAAACGAGCUCAAGUCCAAGGUGUUUUUGUUGCAAGAAGAGCUGGCAUACUACAAGAGUGAAGAAAUCGAAGAGGAGAAUCGAAUACCCCAACCUCCACCCAUUGCCCACCCGAGAAUGUCUCCCCAGCCUGAGUCUGGGAUCAAGCGACUGUUUAGCUUCUUCUCCCGAGAUAAGAAGCGUCUGGCCAACACGCAGAGAAACGUGCGCAUCCACGAGACCUUCGGCCAGUGGGCCAACUGCCACCGCGAUGACGGUUACACGGAGCAAGGACAGGAGGCCCUGCAGCACCUGUGA